UCUUAAAAGCAGCCAACAUAAAAGCUACCCAUUUCCAGUUUUAUUACACGACAACGCUCCCCGCACUUGAAGUGGCAAGAAAGAAGACCCCAAGUCUCACAAGCAAGUCCAACACCCCGUCAACCAUGAGGCUGUGGCCGGCGCCCAGAUCCUCCGUCGGCGGUGGCUUAGGAAUCGCUGCUAUUUCCUAUGUAGCAGUAGAUUAUCUCCGCCAUAUUUCCCCGACUUGGCACGACAGACUUCAGCCUGUCCUCUGGUUGCUGCUUAUCGUAAUCGCCUUCUCGCGGGUCCCCUUCUACAAACACUGGGUCGCCGAGUUCCGAGCCGUCGUUCCUUUUGUAGCUUCGGUGCUCUUCCUUCUCGCUUGCCUCCUCUUCGAAGCCCUCUCUGUUCGCUCCGUGACCGCCGCCCUCGGCCUCGAUUGGCACCGAUUUGCUAUUGCAGUGGGAGAUCUAAGUCUCUCUGCCUCUUACAUGCAUUUAACCAGGGCCAUUGUGUGUGUGGCCCUGCUGUUUACUUUACCCUUCUGGAAAAACAUCUCCAAAACUGUGGCUUUUCUCCAAACGCCUCCUCUGCCUGACCCGGGACAGUGGUUCCUUCUUUGGUUGAAUGAGCAACUACCCAAACCAUGGGUUGAGCUACUGAGAGCCAGAAUCGUAGGGCUGCAUCAUUUCCUAAUGUUGUUCAUAAUGCUGGGAUUCUCUGUCCUGUUCGAUUCUGUACAAGGUCCUGGCCUUGGGUUGGGAGCAAGGUACAUCUUCACCAUGGCAAUUGGACGUCUCCUUCGAACUAUGACGUUCGUAUCAACAAUUCUUCCAUCAGCUCGACCCUGGUGUGCUGCAUCUCGUUUUCAAGUCCCUCCAUACCCUCAUUCAUGGCUUCAAAAAUACUACACCCCUUAUGCCUCUGAUCCUAAUUCUAUACGACAGAUAUUGCAAUCUGAUUGGGCUUAUGCUGAGAUACCGGAAUAUCCUUCAGAUUAUCAACCAAAUUGGGGCAGAAUGAGCUUCCUCAUAGAUUUCUUACGACCAAUUAGCGGAGAAAGAUCGACGUGGUACGGUUUACUGACGAAAGCCGGUGGUGGUUGUAAUGACCUUAUCUUCAGCGGGCACAUGCUUGUUUCAGUUCUAACUGCUAUGGCUUGGACGGAAGCAUAUGGAGGAUUUACAUCAGCUUUCAUAUGGAUGCUCGUGCUCCACAGUGCACAACGAGAAGUACGAGAGCGCCACCACUACACGGUCGACUGCGUGGUGGCAAUUUACGUUGGUGUCCUUCUAUGGAGGGUGACAGGUUUUGUAUGGCCACCUCGCAAAAGUGGCAGACGUGUUGCGAGGCUGGAGAAGGUGCAAGGUAGGCUGAUCCAAGCCGCAAAGGACUCCGACAUGGAAAAAGUGAGGGAGCUUCUGAAUGAGGUUGAAAUGGGGGAUGAGGAAGGAGGGGAGGAGAAAGGGUUGAGCAGGUUGAUGUUGACUUUCUCUGGUGUGACUGUUUUCUCGGUGCUGACACUGGUGAUUCUGGCAUUCACAUGGACCAGUGAUGGAUGAUUCCUCCAUUUCGCCACAGCACUCUUUCUUUCUGAAUUUUGCUAUUUGCUUAAGUGUACCACUAUGUAUUAUGUAAUGCAUCCGGGUAUUAUAGCAGACAUUUUUAUUGAUCAGUUUAGCUGUCUGGAAAGGUGGUUAUCGUGAUCAUCUUUUAUUGUUGUGUUGGAAGAACUCGAUCUUCAGUGGUGGCAGAGAGAGAUGUGUGAACAAGUCACCUGGCACAUGGCGAAAGCCUAAGGCACGGAAUUGAAACUAAUACAAUCGGUGAUCAAAGGGGACAUUUCUGAAUUGCUUUUCAUUACCCUAUGUAAAAUAUGACAAGCAAUCGCAGAAAGUAAUGUUGAGACAGAAGAUUUAACGUAGUAUUCUCGAC